GCGGCGGUUGCUCCAAACCAGCCGGGCCGGCUGUCUGUACUCCUUAAGUUAUAUACUCUUCUUAAGUGAGAUAAGCCACCAAUAUCCCUUUGGGCAUAACACGAAUCAGCGAUGGGAGGAGGCCUCCUUGGUGUCCUGCCUCCUGGGGAGAAGAGGCUGACGGGAAAGUCCUUCUUCCUGGACAACGUCAAGAGACGGGCAGCCGCCUUGCUGGUGGAGGCCAUCUUUCACCUGGGAGGGAAGGUGGAGGGUUUCCUCCACAAGGACGUGACCUACCUGGUGACCGGGAGCCAGGAGGCGUCGCCAGAGGAGAGGAUCCAGCCCGCCAAGACGGAGGCCAAAGGCGGGCGAGGGGAGACGGACCCCCCCAGAGACGGAGUCCGGGAGGCCAAGGACCGGCCGUGGCCGACCACGCCCCUCCCAGCGCGCCCCACGUGUUUCGGCAGUCGUGGAAUGGCCCUACUGGAGAAAGCCAUUCGCAACAAUGAGCGACUGCAGGGAAGUGUCUUGCAGAAAGCCCGCUCGUGGGGUGUGCAGAUUCUCUAUGUGGAUGAUAUCCUGCUGUACCUACAAAGAUUAACAAGAGAGAGCUUCAACACCAAGCAGAAAAAAGCAGAGCUGAAGAACUGCAGCAAAGUAGCUGUUCGUGUCGUUAAAGCUGCCGGUCUGAAAUGCCCCUACCUCAAAGUGGAGGAUUUAAGCAGGAAGUACCAGCCGCUGUACGUCCAGUCCCUGAGCUUCCCCAGCUUCUGCUUCUCGGGCCGCUUCGGCCCUUCCGAGCCCCCCCCUCCUGCUCCCUGCCCCGAGAAAGGCCCGGAACAAGAAUGCGACACCAAAGAGUCCCACAAAGUGGCCAGCGGACCUCUGGGCCCCCCGGAGCCCCCCCUGCCACUCAAACCCUCCCCAUGGCGGGCGCUCAACAAGGUCCAGGGCUACUGUGAAUGCUGCCGGGAGGCCUUCACCAACCAGGAGGAGCACCUGGUGUCCGCCACACACCGUGGGUUUCUGCAGCAGGCCUCCAACUACAGCGCAUUGGACCGGUUGGUGGCCAGCCUGCUCCCGGGCUUCGACCCAAACCCCCCCCAGCACAUUGACCCUUCCCUCGACAGCGUCCCCACCCCAGCGUGCGGCCCCAGCCCCGGUGCGGCCGACCUGCUGACCCUCAGUGACGGCGCGGCGGAGAAGGCCGUCAGAGCGCUGCUGAACCCAGUGGCGGCCUUCGACGAGGCCUUCCGCAGCCUCCCCGCCAAGCCUCCCUCCCCGCCGCCCGCCGCCCCCCGGCCCGUGCCUUCACACCACGCCUCGCACCCGACCUGCGCGCCCAUCCUCGCUGCCCUGCUGGCCGCCCCACGCCCUCCCUCGCCGUGCAUGGGGCUGCGACCUCUGGACCCCCCGACGCUCACCCCCUGCUCGCCCCUCCGACAGCCCCCUAAACUCGAGCCGCUCUCCCCCUGCAAGCCAACCCCGGAUGGGACCUCUUCCGAUCCGUACUCCCAGCCCCCGGUCCUCAGUCCCCAGGCCCCGGACACCCGUUACGAGCGCCUCGACCUCUUCUCGGACCCGCCGGAGCUCAGCCCUGAGAUCCCGAUCCUGCCCCUUCCCGCCCUCCAAGGCAUGCAGGUCUCUGGUUCUGAGACAAACCACAGUUUGUUCAAUGUCCUAGAGAAGAUCGGAGCGUUGUGUCCUGAGACCAGCCCCCCGUCGGCCCUGUGUCGUUCUUCCUCCUUCCCCCUGAUGGCGUCGACGUCGUCGAACUCUAAAAAACGCAGCCGGUCUGCCAGCCCCAGACGGAAGUCCACGAAGAGGAGGAGGCUGGCGUUCUCUGUCGACCAGCAGUCCUUUUGCAAACCAGAGGGUGACCUGAGUGUGGGCCUCCCUGGCCCUGUACACCUCGGCCCCGUGUGCUCCAGUACAGACCUCGCGGUGGCUGAGGCCUGCAUGGGGUCGGACCCACCGGGGGACUUGGGUCUUGGUGAGCCCCUCCAUCUAAAGCCCCUUCUCUGGGAUUCUCCUUCCUGUGGCCCGGUCCCUCCAGAGGGAGUCAAAGAGGCCACAAAACCCACUUUCACCUCGUUCCUUGUGCCACACACCAAGGUUUUCUCCCAGCCCCCCAGUCGUUUGGCCAGCAGCCAUUCCGGUCUGGGGGACCAACCUCCCUCCCCGGUCUCCCCCAACACUCCAGACUGUUCCUUCUCCAUCCAAACCCCCCCCGGGUCCCACCACACCCAGUCCAGCCAGUGCUCCCUCCCCCACGCCGUCUCCUCUGUGUGCAUCGAGUCCGCCCUGGUGCCCGACGUAGCCGGCCUCUCCCCGUCGUCCUCGGAGUCGGACUGGGACCACGAGUUCCUUUCCCGGCUCGCCCCGACGGGAGCCCCCCCCCAGGAACCCCUCCUCUCCAGCCGGGGGCGCUGUAGGCUGGACCAGGAGCUCCUUCAGAGGGCCUGUACCUGGGCGCACAACAGCAGCUACGAGGCGCGCCUGCACUCCGCCCUGCAGCCCCCCACCAGCCGGGUCCUGUAGCGGGGCGGUGUGCUGAGGUCCGACACCGGACACGUGGCCUUCCCUCCCCUCACCGAGUCCGUUCGCUUUUUUUAUUUAAUGUUUCACCUCCUCUCCGUUUAGGUUCUCCAAAAGAAGCCGAGCAAGUUUACGAUGAAUGUUUUUAAAUCAUGCAUCCAUGAACUCAGUGUCUGGGCAAUGGGUUGCAAAAGGUGAACACAAUCACCCUCAGCGUCCUGCUCUUCCUGCUUCUGAGCCUCUUACCAGAGGAGAGUAUAACCACACAUGCACCCUUUGGUGACCGCCUCUCCAUAAAGUACCCCCCGGCCCAUCAGGCUUUCAGCCUCUCUGAUGCUAUUGAGACUUUAAUGAGGCCCUGCUCCGAUGGGAUAUUACUCAAUUAGUCCUAAGUGCUGCUAGCGAGCCUCCAGUACAUCCCGGCACUCUGUUGCUGCGGAGCGCCCAGGGUCAGAGCGCUCUGCUAGGGAUCAGGGAGGAAGUAGCUGUAGCUCAAGCAGCUGCUGCCUGCCCAGUGAGCCGGGUGGUGAUAAUGGCACCAUCGGCUUCAUGGGAACCAUUGAAGGUGACUCAUAGUUGUGGCGAGGGGAUGGUGCCAGGACUAGCUCUGAGCGGCCCCCCCCGUCUCCAGGCACUUCAGUGGAUAGGCUGCGCACAGGACGUCUAAGGGGGAGAUACUCUGAUCGGCCUGAUGGGAGAACAAGGCCUAAUCCCAUUUCUACCCCUUACCCCUUCAAAAAACAAGGGGAAGGGGGAAGGGGUAGAAAUGGGAUUGGGCCCGGGCCCAAAUCUCAUCAUCUUCAGGCUUGAGGCUGAAGAUUGAGAACCCGAGAAUCUACGAUAAUGAAUCGAUUAUUACUGAAGUGCUUUUGUGCAGUGGACUCGUUUGGAGGGACACCCCUGGCUAUCAGUGACCAUGCUGUGAAGCUCAAAUAACUCCUUUUACUUUGGACAGUGUAUCACUUAAAUAAGCUCAGAAAUGGACAACCGGCUUUCCUCUCCAUCUCCAAUAUAGAAUAAUAUAUGUAAAGAGAAGAGAACGACGCAAGUGGUUUUCUACAAAUGGCAGCUUAUUCAUGGUGAAAGUAUUUUAUUGCUUUGAAAUGUGAAAUUAAUUUGAAAUAAAUGUUAUGGUUUAAAUAAGUCAUGAUUUGGUUUUUAGGAUUUUCUACAUCACUGAGGACCUAUUGACUGUCUACUGUUGAAUUUCAGCGUAUGUUUUUAUCUUUACCAUAAACACACCAAACCACUUCGCCAUAAAUGGAUUUUCUACAUCUCGAUAUACCUCACCUCUAAGUCGAUAACCAUAACUUGAACAUUUCUGAAUAAACUAUUACCAUUUCUAAUGCACCAUGGAAAAUGA